AUGGAGCUUUGCAACGAUGUGAUGCCUGUUUUUCUGACUAAGAACAGCUAUGAUUAUUUUUAUAAAAAUAUUGGAGUGUAUGUUACGCUAGUUGACAAUUUAGUAUAUUCCUAUCCAUUAUUUUUGACAAUUCUGAUGGUUUGUGAAAGAAUUUAUGUAUUGAUAUUUCCAUUUGGGAGAGUCUUCGCAAAUAAGAAACUGUGGUGGUACUGUUGUGGGAUUGCUACUUGGACAGCGAUCUUCGUGAUUACUCCUUUCUAUAAAGGUUGUCCCGUGAUAUUCGAUUACUACAGUCUCACAUAUGUUACGGAGUGUGAACACUUUUUCACGUACUUGUUCAACAAUUUCAACUGGGUUAUACCAAUCUCUUGUAUGCUACUCAACAUUGUCAUCAUAUUUUAUGUUUCCUACAUUCGAAGGAAAUCCCAAAUGAACAGUGAUCAACUGAAACGUCGAAAAGAAGAAAAAGUUAUGAUAUCUCAAUCAGUUGCCACAACUACUUUCCUCAUUACUUAUGAAAUCACAGAGAUUUUAAAUAGUAUCUUUAAGACAGAAUACCUUGCCCUUUCGGAAUCGACUCAACGGGCGAUAUACUACACGAGAGAUUCUUUAGUUGGACUCACGUGUUUCUUCAUUUAUUUCGUUGGAACCCCUGCAAUACGAAAGAUUAUCUUCGAUAGAGCAUUCUUCGUAACAACCGGAAGAAACAAGUUUAAAACAGUUUCUGUUAGUGCGAUGAUUUAA